AUGUCUGUGAAAAAUUAUUCAAAAACUAUUAGUGCUCUUAAAAAACGUUUUGGGAAUCAUGAUUUAUUAAUUGAGGUAUACGUGAGAGAGCUUGUAAAGUUGAUUGUAACGAAUGUUAAGACAGGCAGUAGUGAAAAAUUACCAUUGCCGCAAUUAUUUGAUAAGAUUGAAGCACAACUAAGAGCUCUCGAAUCCUUAGAUAUUAAAACGGAAAACAAUGCUUGUUGGUUAUAUUCCAUGGUAGAAUCAUGCCUCUCCGAGGAAGUCCUGAGAGCCUGGCUAAGAAGCCCCCUUUUUGGAGAAAUAAAGGAAAGUCAGAAUAUUUCUCGCCUAACUAAUUUGAUGAAAUUUUUAAGAUGCGAAGUGGAAGGGGAGGAAAGACUUCAGUUAAUGAGGAGUGGAUUUGAAAUUCUGGGGCAAAAAGACAAGUAUAGCAAUAAAUCGAAAAGAGAAUUAAAAAGCAAAUUUAAAUCGAAACAGUUAACGAAUGUCCCUACGGCGGCAGGUUUCCUUACGACAAAAGAUAAUAACUGUAUUUUUUGCGAUAAACUACAUGAUAGUAAGGAUUGUUUCGAAGCACGCUCUCUGUCAUUAGAUGAGAAAAAGAAUAAAAUUAGGCUUAAGAGGUGUUGCCUAAAGUGCCUUUCGCCUGGACAUAUUGCUAAGUCGUGUAAACAGUUUGUAUGUUGCUAUGUGUGUGUUAAGGCUCACACAAUUUCUCUCUGCUCGGAUCUGCAGAUACAGGAAACGCAGGAAAAGGCAACAGAGCCAGACACCGUUCAGGCAACUACGGCGGGAUAG